CACCCCCGCGAGAGCCCAAGGCCCGCGAAGCGACUGAUGUGUCGGGGGCAGUGAGGAUCGCGCGCUGCCGCAGCCGGCAAUGACCUCCGCGGUGCUCGCCGGCCGGAAUGAGGUCCACCACCCGCACCCGCACCACCGCCACUGGGGCGGCGCCCGCGUCCCCCUCGUGCCCAAGCCGUCGUCCAACCCUAACCCUAGGCGCCACCGCGCGGCCCCAGCGAAUCCGAUCCCCGGCGGCCCGCCAACGCCGCCACGGGCCGUCCCAGCGGCGCCGGAGCCGGAGCCUUCAUCCUCGGGGCACGUCAAGUUCAGGCCGUCGGAGAUGACCCCCGCCGAGGCGCGUCAGCUCCGGGCGCGGCUCGCCGGUGAGCUCGGCCGCGUCCGCGCGCUCCUCUCCCGCGUCGACACGUGGCAGGACGGCCAGCGCCGCCGCCGUGCGGCCGCGGACCCUGGGCCGGAGCAGCAGCAGCCGCCACCGCGCGCGCGCUGCGAAUCCCCUCCCCCGCCGCCUGCGCUGGUGGAGGCGAUGCAGAAGCGGUGCGCCGAGAUCCUGAUGCGGCUGCGCAAGUCGAAGAACAGCGUGUGGUUCAACUCCCCCGUCGACGUCGAGGGCCUCAAGCUGCACGACUACCACGCCAUCAUCCGGAGCCCCAUGGAUCUCGGCACCGUCAAGCAGAACCUCGCCGCCGGCCGGUACCCCUCGCACGAGGCGUUUGCCAACGACGUCCGUCUCACCUUCAACAACGCGGUGCGGUACAACCCGCCCGACCACCACGUGCACAGGUACGCCGGCAGCCUCCUCGCCACGUUCGAGGGGCUGUACAGGGAGGCCGUCUCGUGGUUCGAGCAGCAGCGCCAGCCUGCUGUCGAGCCGCCAAUGCCGCUGGAUUUGUUGCCGCCGCCGCAGCAACCGGUCUCUGUGCCAGUGCAGGCGCCCCCUAGGAUGGGGGCUGGGAGGAGGCCCAAGCCCAAGGCGAGGGAGCUAAACAAGAGGGGGAUGGACGAGGAGGAGAAGCAGAAGCUGAGGGUGGAGGUCGAGAACCUGCCGGAGGAGAAGAUGGUGAACGUGCUGCAGAUUGUGCAGAAGAGGAAUAGUGAUCCGGCACUGACAGGCGAGGUUGUGGAGCUUGAUUUCGACGAGCUGGAUACUGAGACCCUGUGGGAGCUUGAUCGAUUCGUGGUCAACUGGAGGAGGGCGCUAAAGAAGAGCCAGCGGAAUUCCGUGAUGAAUGGUGAUGCUGCUGCUGUGAUGAAUGGGGACGCCAUUGAUGUGACUGUUGUUCCAGAUGAGGAUGACAUGGUGCAGGUGGAUGCCAACCCACCCAUGAUGGUUGAAACCGGAGAUUCGGAGACUGACAUGCCGGAGAAGAGAGCAGCGGAGCCGGACAUGGCUGAUGAGUAUGUGGAUAUCGGCGAUGAGAUGCCGACGGUGAACUACCAGUCGGUGGAAAUCGAGAAGGAUGCCCAAGUGGGUAGCAGCUCAAGCGGGUCUGGAAGUGGCUCAUCUUCAUCCAGUGAUUCCGACUCGGAUUCCGAUUCUGAUGGGGACGAUGCUCGCUCCCCUAAUUAACUAGGUGGUGCUCCUUUCCCUGACGGUAGGAUUAGCGGUUUUGAGUAGGCGACUGAGGUGCCUUUUUUGGUGAGGAAUGGUAUCGUAAAUUGAAGGGCUAGCUCUUGUUCAUACAGAUCACUGUGAGGUGUGUUUGUGUGUAUGUGGAGGCAGCUUAGGUUGUUGGUAUUACCUAGUAAGUGGAUAGUUUAGAUGCAUGUUUGGGUAGAUGGGGAGACUCCUACAACUGUUGUGAAGAAGGGAGUAUGUUCCGGAACAAAGAGGAAAGGUAGGAAUGCCUUGGCGUUUCAUCAAAAUUCUCUUGCUUUCUUUGUAGUAUAAUUCUGUUCCUGCAUUUGCUGUUCAAUUGUGCGCCUGCAUAAAUACAUCUCACCAAUGUUGAUUGACAUUACAAAACCAUAUUAGGAAGCAUAAGUGGUUAAUUUU